AUGACACUCAUUCAGACAGCACUUAUUUGGCGCAUAACAAUUGUUCUCUCGCACGCCCAGGUCUCUAAAUGGAGCAAGCUAUCGUGGCCAGCCAAAGUCGUCGUUGCCGUGGUGCCACUCUUGGUCCUCGCAAGCUUGGCGAUUGUAUUGUUCAUCGGUCUCAGCGAAAAGCAUGCAGUCACACAUGGCGGCUGCAAGAGCGAGGAGUGCCACCACUACGCCCGGCGGCUCCGAGAGUCGAUCAACGAGUCUGUGGAUCCGUGCGUGGACUUCUCGAGCUACGUGUGUGACGGUUGGCGCCGGAAUCACGAGUUCUCGGUGGCAGAGGAAGCCUUCACGUCGACGUUCGAUAGUAUGUCCAGCUUCGUGCGCGCCCUGGCUGUUCCCCCGCACGGCCAGUCUACCAUCGAACGUUCGGCGGCCUUCUACCGCAGCUGCAUCACCGUGCUUCGAGGGGAACGCGACGAGAUGCCACGAGUGAGGAGCGCCCUCGCCGCGGCAGGCAUAACGUGGCCCGUCGUUUACGAGGCGGCCAAGAACCUGCUGCACACGUUCCUCUACGUCCAUGUACAGCUCCGUUGGAAUGUCCUGUUCACUGUCGACGUCAUUACCAACGGGAACGAAGACUCCAUCACGCUGGACAUGCGACCCACUACAGAAACGGUUCCUAUCAAGAAACGCUUGCAGCUGUUGCAGAAACCGCAGAUGGCCAGAGAAUACUUCGACACCUUAGUCUUGGCAUUCGCAAAGGACGGCAAAAAGGAUGGUCGUCGUGUUAGUUUCGCAGAAACCCCCAACACCGAAUCGCUCGCUUUCUAUGUUCUCUACGCCAGUCUCUUAAACGGCACUUUAAAAUCGCAGCCGAUAGACACGGUCAUGUAUACAACAGUGCCGAAUCUCACGAAGGCUCGCUGGAAUCCCACGCUCCAUUAUCUCGGCAUCACUAAAAAGGUUUCAUUUCAAACCACCAACCCGACCUACGUGGUCAGCUUCCUUGCCUUAUGGGACCACCUUGGGGAGUUAAAGCUCCAUCUGUUUCUCUCCUGGUACACCAUCCAGACGGCGGCCCUGUACACCAACCAGCGAAUGAUCGCAAACUAUUACGGAAGCGUGAAAACGGCUCUCCUUUGGCAUAGCGCCUUUUGCUUCAGCAAGGCCUACCUGCUCUCGGGAACGGCUGCAUUCAACACAUCGAUAAACCACAUGUUGGAUGGUGCCACUAGAGCCGAGACUACAAAUGUGCUCUGGGGCUUUCGCAGUUCUUUCUUAAGUCAUUUUCAACAGUGGCCUUACAGUGACAACGACACUGUCGCCAAGAUGCUGACCGUUAGUGAGCGCGACUUCGCUGUCAGCGCAUUCGCCGUCUUCGACGAAAAUAACAGUGAGGAUGCCGGUUCGUAA